ACCAAAGUCACCAAACAAUAUUUCGGUUUAGCUUACCGUUUAAGUACUCCAUAAUAUUAUUGGCGGUUUGGAGAACACCCAAAAUGCAGAGGAUUCAAUUGUAGAGUGUAGACUAUUUUCCCCCAAUUUGAAGAACACCUAAAACAAGAUUCUGAGCAAAAUUAUUGGGCGAAUUCAGCGUUUUUCCAGUUGUCGAGCUCUGAAUCUAUAACGAUUAGAGUUGAUACAGUUGAAGUUCAGGAGAGGUGAGGAUAGAACGCUUUGAAGUCUCGAUCUCCCAGCCGUGAAUACGCAAUCCUCACCGCCCGUCGGCCAAGGCUUCUCCUCCGGCGGAUUUGAGCUCCUUCUCGUCACUCGCCACCUCCAUUGCCGCCACUGCUAUUUCUGUUUCCGGUGUGAUUUGGGGAUAGUUCCUGGAUACAAGGUUCUGCAAUAAUGGAGAAAGCUGAUAUUGAUAGCACACUUGUUACCAUGGCUGGAGAGAAAUCGGACGCUGGAGGAUUGCAAGUGCGAGGGCAAGAGCGUGUUGUUUUUAAACGGCCUGAGAAGUCUCGCCUAGGGUUAGAUGUCCUUGCUCUUGCAAAACGAAGUGAAUCACAGGAUAAGGAUUUUAAGGUACCUAGAGAAAGAGUCAUUUCGGUUGCAGCAUCUCUUGACGAAGAGGAGAAAUCGACUGUAACCAACGUUGAUGGAGAUGAGGUUUUAGAACAUGAAGGCAACAAGCGACGUCCCAACAGGAGAUAUCGUGAUGCUGCUUUCAGUGAUGGUUUUCAAUCAGAGAGUACUGUAACUCAAGAUGAUGAAGUCCACAACAGGUUUGACAUGCAUCACUCCAAAAAAAGUGUCCGCUCUGAAGUCCAUUCCAGAGAUAGGGAUAGCUCUGAAGAUAUACCUAGAAGUGAAAGGAAUAGAGAGACACAUAGACGUGGUGCAGAGCAUGAACGGGACAGAGGCUCUAGUGGUGGACGAUAUGACAGGGAUUAUAGUGGUGGACGAUAUGACAGGGAUUCUAGUGGUAGACACACGGACAGAGAUAAUAGCGGUGGAUAUGAAAGGAAAAGGAGCAGAUACGAGGGAUCUAGGAGAACGCCUGGCAGAUCAGACUGGGAUGAUGGGAGAUGGGAAUGGGAUGAGUCUCCACGUCACGAGGGUCGCUAUACUCCUAGCAAGCGUUAUGAGCCUUCACCAUCCCCUAUGUUGAUUGGGGUAUCCCCUGAUGCAAGAUUGGUUUCCCCUUGGCAAACGCCACGUUCUGGAUCUUAUUCUUCCCCUUGGGAUCUGGCGGCCCCGUCGCCCGUCCCUAUCCGGGCUUCUGGCUCCUCUGUGCGAUCUUCCAGCUCACGGUACGAGGGGAGAUAUAAAGAUAGACGUACUGCUGGUGAUUCACAUAGAUCAGAGGAUGUGGAUGCUGAUAGAAAUGCUGUUGCUAUAGACCAGAAUCCUGAAAUCACAGAAGAUAUGCGGUUGCAGAUGGAAUACAAUUCAGAUCGUGCGUGGUAUGAUAGAGAGGAAGGCAGCACUGUAUAUGAUGUCGAUAGCUCAUCUUUUUAUCUAGGUGAUGAUACCACAAACCAGAAGAAAGAAGUGGAAUUAGCGAAAAGGCUGAUGAGAAGCGAUGGAAGUAUGAUGUCACGUGCUCAGAGCAAGAGACAUUCACAGCUUAGUGCAGACAAGCAACAGUGGGAGGACCGGCAACUGAUGAGAUCAGGUGCAGUUCGAGGUACUGAGGUUCAAACUGAAUUUGACAAUGAAGAGGAGAACAAGGUGAUGCUUUUAGUUCACGAUACAAAACCUCCAUUCUUGGAUGGUAGAGUCGUUUUUACUAAGCAGGCAGAUCCUGUAAUGCCUUUGAAAGAUCCAACAUCAGAUAUGGCUAUCAUAUCCCGUAAAGGAUCUGGUUUAGUGCGGGAGAUUCGUGAAAAACAAAGCAUGAACAAGUCACGCCAACGGUUUUGGGAACUUGCUGGUUCUAAACUUGGUGAUAUCCUUGGUGUUGAGAAGACAGCAGAACAGGUUGAUGCUGAUAAAGCUGAGGUUGGUGAAGAUGGGGAAAUUGAUUUCAAAGAAGACGCAAAAUUUGCUCAGCAUUUGAAAAAGGAUGAAGCAGUGAGUGAGUUUGCGAAGACGAAAACCCUUUCUCAGCAGAGACAAUAUCUUCCAAUAUUCUCUAUUAGGGAUGAUCUAUUACAGGUUAUUCGUGAGAAUCAGGUUGUUAUCGUUGUUGGAGAGACUGGUUCAGGAAAGACAACUCAACUAACACAGUACUUGCAUGAGGAUGGUUACACUUCGAAUGGCAUUGUUGGAUGCACUCAACCAAGGCGUGUUGCAGCAAUGAGUGUUGCAAAAAGAGUCAGUGAAGAGAUGGAAACGGAUCUGGGAGAUAAAGUUGGUUAUGCUAUCCGCUUUGAAGAUGUUACAGGACCCAACACCGUGAUUAAGUACAUGACAGAUGGUGUACUUUUACGUGAAACACUAAAAGAUGCUGAACUUGAGAAAUACCGUGUCGUUGUGAUGGAUGAGGCGCACGAGAGAUCCCUCAACACGGACGUGUUGUUUGGCAUAUUAAGGAAGGUGGUUGCUCAACGGCGAGAUUUUAAGCUGAUUGUAACUUCGGCGACUCUCAACGCGGAGAAGUUCUCUCAAUUUUUCGGAAGUGUCCCAAUAUUCCAUAUUCCUGGGAGAACAUUUCCUGUCAAUACCUUGUACAGUAAAACCCCUUGUGAAGACUAUGUUGAAGGUGCUGUAAAGCAAGCAAUGACUAUACACAUAACCUCCCCACCCGGCGACAUCCUGAUUUUUAUGACAGGACAGGAUGAGAUUGAGGCAGCAUGCUACGCUCUUGCGGAGCGCAUGGAACAGCUAAUCUCCUCGACUCAGAAGGCAGUUGCGAAGCUCCUUAUUCUUCCCAUUUACUCGCAGCUUCCCGCUGAUUUACAGGCAAAAAUAUUCCAAAAAGCUGAAGACGGAGCACGAAAAUGCAUUGUAGCAACCAACAUUGCUGAGACAUCUCUGACUGUAGAUGGUAUUUUCUAUGUUAUCGACACGGGUUACGGUAAAAUGAAGGUCUACAAUCCAAGAAUGGGUAUGGAUGCUCUUCAAGUCUUCCCUGUGAGCCGUGCUGCUGCUGACCAGCGUGCUGGACGUGCUGGUAGAACUGGGCCCGGCACUUGCUACCGUCUAUAUACAGAGAGUGCAUAUCUGAAUGAGAUGCUUCAUAGUCCUGUUCCUGAAAUUCAGAGGACAAAUCUUGGUAAUGUUGUUUUGCUUCUGAAAUCUCUCAAAAUUGAGAACUUACUAGACUUUGAUUUCAUGGACCCACCUCCACAAGAAAACAUCCUAAAUUCCAUGUACCAGUUGUGGGUACUGGGUGCCCUUAACAAUGUCGGUGGCCUAACAGACCUCGGUUGGAAAAUGGUGGAAUUUCCGUUGGACCCGCCACUAGCAAAGAUGCUACUGAUGGGUGCAAAGCUGCAUUGCCUCGAUGAGGUGUUGACUAUAGUGUCAAUGCUUUCAGUUCCAACAGUAUUCUUCCGUCCCAAAGACAGGGAAGAAGAGAGUGACUCUGCUAGGGAAAAGUUCUUUGUCCCUGAAUCGGAUCACUUAACCCUUCUCAAUGUUUACCAACAAUGGAAAAGCAAUGACUAUCGAGGAGACUGGUGCAAUGAUCAUUUUCUACAGGUUAAAGCUUUACGGAAGGCUAGGGAAGUAAGAUCACAGCUUAUGGAUAUACUGAAACAACUUAAGAUUACACUUACUUCAUCUGCUGAUUGGGAUAUGGUUAGACAAGCUAUAUGUUCUGCAUAUUUCCACAAUUCUGCUAAACAGAAGGGGAUUGGUGAGUAUGUUAACACAAGGAAUGGAAUUCCAUGCCAUUUGCACCCUAGCAGUGCUCUUUAUGGAUUAGGGUACACACCAGAGUACGUGGUUUACCACGAAUUGCUGUUAACUACAAAAGAGUAUAUGCAGUGUGUUACUGCUGUAGAGCCGCAUUGGUUAGCCGAAUUAGGGCCUAUGUUUUUCUCGGUGAAAGAGUCGGAUACGUCGUUGUUGGAGCAUAAGAAGAAACAGAAGGAAGAGAAGACAGCUAUGGAAGAAGAGAUGGAGAAUCUAAGGAAAGAACAAGCAGAAACUGAGAUAAAAAGAAAGGAGAAAGAAAGGCAGAAACGAGCUAAAGAGAAUGAAAAGAUUGCGAUGCCUGGGACUCGCCGUGGUUCCACAUACCUUAGACCUAAAAGGUUGGGUUUGUAAAUGUUGUAACUGGUUAGUUGGUUGGUUUGUAAAAUCUAUAGUGAUUUAGCCAUUUUAGGAAAUGCCAUUCUGUUUUGUUAGGAAUGGCACUUUGAGUAUUAUUUUCACUGAUUUCACCCCCAACCCCUCCUCUCUUUUCUUCUAGGAGUAGAAACUUAGAUUAAGAUUUAUUAACCUAAACAAAUAUGGCAAGUGAUAUUGUACUAUUUUUACUUCUAUUUGUAAACAA